GGGGGGGGCCCACUCUUUUCUGGGCCCCUCCACAAGCGGUGGUGGCCGUAAGAGCAGAGUGUGGUCAGUCAGCGUGUGAAGCGGCCGCACAGACACUUUGCACUCUCAAGUCUUACCACUCAUGUCUGUCUUCUUCCCACUUCUUACUAUUUAUUUUCCUGUGGAGGACAUGUUGCACCACCUGUUUGCUCUCCCAUGGCUUUGAGUGUGUGUUUACUCUCAGGUGUGAAGCAGCGACCUCACUGGACUGCUCUUUGGGUCCUGAUAAUAAAGGGGUUCACUCACGGGGUCACGUGUGCUCCUUUUGCAUGCUUGUGGCUCCGCCCUUUUCUCUUCUGGGCCACGCCCACACAAGAUGAGGUUUCACUCAUUUGUGGUGCCUGCUCUGCCAGAGAAUAAGAAGACCUUCAGUGAGUGUCCAGACCCCGCUAGGUUCCGUAUAUCAUGUGAGCUAGGGGUCAUUAACCUUUUGGACCUCCACUCGAAUAUUGACAUUUGAACAGUAUUCAUCUGUUAGAUCUAACGUACAGUUUGACAGGAUAACCUUGUCAAGGUCAAGGUAGAUUUAUUUCUAUAGCACAUUUUUAAAACUGCCCCAAAGUGCUGUACAUAUUAAAACAGAAAGGUAAAAUAAUAAUAAUCAAAAUCACAACAAGCACAAAACAUGCUAUAUAUAAAACAGUUAAAAUGCAUAAAAAUAGUGCAAAAAAAAAACAAAAGCGUAAAAGAUUAUAAAUAAUAAAAAUCACAAAUACAAAACAUUCUAUAUAUAAAACAAAGUUAAAAUGCAUAAAAAUAGUGCAAAAAACAAAAGGUAAAAGAUUAAAAAAACAAAAAAAUCACAAUAAAUACAAAACAUUUUACAUACAGUAUAAAACAGUGAAAAUGCUUAAAAAUAGUGCAAAAAAGACAUAAGGUAAAAGAUUAAAAAUAAUAAAAAAUUACAAUAAAUACAAAACAUUAUACAUUACAAAACAUAAAAUGCAUAAAAAUAGUGCAAAAAAGACAAAAGGUAAAAGAUUAAAAAUUACAAUAAAUACAAAACAUUCUAUAUACUAAACAUAUAAAAUGCAUUAAAAUAGUGCAAAAAACAAAACAAAAGGUGAAAGAUUAAAAAUAUAAAAAUCACAAAUACAAAACUUACAUAUAAAACAGUUAAAAUGCAUAAAAAAUGGUGCAAAAAAAACGGAGGGUAAAAGAUUAAAAAUCACAAUAAAUACAAAACAUACAUAUAUAAAACAGUUAAAAUGCAUAAAAAUAGUGCAAAAAAGACAAAAGGUAAAAGAUCAAAAAUUAAAGAAAUAAUAUUAAACAUUCUACAUAUAAAACAGAAGAAAUGCAUAAAAAUAGUGUAAAAUAACAAAAGGUAAAAAAAUAAUACAAAUCACAAUACGAAACAUUCUAUGUAUAAAACACAGUUAAAAUGUAUAUAAAUAGUGCAAAAAACAAAAAGUAAGAUUAAAGAUAAUAAAAAUCACAGUAAAUACAAAACAUUCUACAUAUAAAACACAGUUAAAAUGCAUAAAAAUAGUGCAAAAAAGACAAAAUGUAAAAGAAUAAAAAUAUUUAAUAUCACAGUAAAUACAAAACAUUCUACAUAUAAAGCACAGUUAAAAUGCAUAAAAAAUAGUGCAAAAAACAAAAAGUAAAAGAUUAAAAAUAAUAAACAUCACAAUAAAUAUAAAACAUUCUAUAUAUAAAACACAGUUAAAAUGCAUACAAGUACUGCAAAAGGUAAAAGAUUAAAAAUAAUGAAAAUCAAGAUAAAUACAAAACAUUCUACAUAUUACAGUUAAAAUGCAUAAAAGUAGUGCAAAAAAGACAAAAGAUUAAACAUUUUAAAAUAAUAUGAAACAUUCUACAUAUAAAACAGUUACAAUGCAUAAAAAUAGUGAGAGAAAAAAGACAAACGGUAAAAGAUUAAAAAUAAUAAUCACAAUAAAUACAAAACAUUCUACAUACUAACAGUUAAAAUGCAUAAAAAUAGUGCAAAAAAACCCCAAAAGCGGAUAAAAUAAAAAUAAUAAAAAAAUACAAUAAAUACAAACAUUCUAUAUAUAAAACACAGUUCAAAUAGAUAAAAAUGUACAUGCAUAAAUCCAGCUCAGCUUGUGUUAAACGCCAGCGCAAAUAAGUGCGUUUUUAAAGAAGAUUUCCAAGUAUGGAAUGUCAAAUGAAAGUAAAGCAUGUUUAUCUCAAAGAAUAUUAUCAAGGCUUAGGUCAGGCUGAUUGCAAAUGUGAGUAAUGAUCAAAUAUACUGUAAAAGAAGGCACUCAUAAAAACUGAUGAAAAAUAAAUGUACAUACAAUUAAGCAGUGCUAAAUCAAUAAUAAUUAAUAAUAUAUAUUUUCCUAAACUGUCAAUAAAAUUGAAGUGCAAAUAAAAAUACUGCUUAACCAUUUUAAUCAUAAUUUUUUGCGCUUAAGAAAUUUCUCUGUGACUUAAGCUCCAGACUUCUUCUGUUUGUCUGGUAUUGUCAUUACUGCCACAAGUGGUGGAAAAGUGUAAUACAACUAACAAAUGUUUUCUGGCGGCCCAACAAGGAACUGUGAUAUAAGCGACCAAUCCCGUGACACUUUUGGAGACAUGGAAGCAUUUAUACUUUCCCAUCUUAAAGCACUCACAGGAGAAUAAUUCUGCCUGGACCAUAUUUCGAUACCUUUUGUCACCUUCGGUUGCCCGCUUAAGCACUUGGCGGGCAAGUAACGUUACAUGUUAACAAAGCAAGCAUGCCUGGUAGAAAGCACUCAACAGUGGGGCUCCACCUUUCAAAACGCUAUUUUGCAUUAAAUAUGCCAUAUACAUGCUACUGAUUAGCAUUAGCAAUUUUACAUGGCAUGUUGCAAUUUGUUAAUGAAAACCACAACUUGGAUUGUUGAGUAGCAGUAUGGGUUGCCAGGUGUCGUAUGGGUUGAAAUGUGAAAGGUAACACGUUUUGUUGCACCUUGAUGUUUCCUGCGCUGCUUAUCUAAAGCAAACAUGGCGUGGAGGAAGAAGAAGAAGAAGAUAAGGUCCUUUGUGUCCGUGUUUGUCCUGGGCGAGGGACAUCGUCCUUUGCCCCACCAGGGAAGGAAAACAAGAAUCUUGAUCAUGGUUUUUACUGUCGGAGUGCCGCUCCUCUGCGGGGUCAAAGGUUAAUGUGCGUGCUGCACCUCCAAAGUCAACAUGGCGCCCCUCCCUGCUGUUCGCUAUAAAGGUGGCCCCCCUGCUAGUGCGCCUCACCCAGCCCACGCCAUGGCUUUUGUCGCUCCUCCCGGGUACCAGCCCGUCUACGGCCCUACCAUCCCCUACAUGGGGCCCAUCUAUGGAGGUCUGAGGGAGGGAGCCUCCAUCUACUUCCACGGCUCUGUGCCGGACAACAUCACCAGGUUCUUCAUCAACCUGCUGUGUGGUCAGUCUGAGUCCAGUGACAUCGCCCUCCACUUCAACCCUCGCUUUGACGGCAGGGACAAGGUGGUCUUCAACACGCGGCAGGGGGCGUCCUGGGACCAGGAGGAGAAGGUCCGGGACAUGCCCUUCAGCAAGGGGGAGGCCUUUGAGAUGGUCAUCGUCUGCUCCUCACAAGGCUACCAGAUCAAGGUGGACGGCAAAGACUUCCACACCUUCCAGCACCGCCUGCCUUGGGCCCGGGUGUGCGGCCUGCAGAUCGGAGGAGACGUGUCCAUCCAGACCAUCAACAUCAUGGGGGGCGGAGGCAUGGGCGGAGGCAUGGACGGAUGUCACCCCGGAGGAGGCCCAGCGGGAGGAUACCCGGGCGGAGGCAUGGACUGUGCAGGGGGUUACCCAGCAGACUGUGGGGGGCAGGGGGCGUGUCCUGGAGGAACUAUGGGAGGAUUCCCAGGAUGCAACCUGCCCAGUAUGGGAGGCCAGCCCGUCUACAACCCAACCAUUCCUUACUCCAGCCUGAUCCCAGGAGGAAUGUUCUCCAAGAGGACGCUGGUCAUCAGAGGUAUGGUGCCCUACAACGCUAACAGGAUCAGCAUCAACCUGAUGGCGAGCAGGACGCGAGACAUCGCCCUGCAUGUCAACCCCCGGCUGAAGGAGGGUGUUGUGGUGAGGAACAGUCUGAUCGGUGGUCGCUGGGGUGCAGAAGAACGCCAGCUGAGCAACAAUCCCUUCAAGGAGGGACAGCCCUUUGACGUGUCCAUCCGCUGUGGCAAGGAGGGCUUCAAGGUGUUCGUCAACGGGCAGCCGCUCUUUGACUUCACACACCGCCUGCAGGCUGUGGGAGACAUGGACACGCUGGAGGUGGACGGCGACGUGCAGAUCUCAUACAUCCAAUUCUGAAGCACGUCACUCACACACACACACGCGUCGCCAUGGAAACCAGACAGGUUUGUAGAAAAGGACCAGUUUAUAAGAAGUGACACAAUAAAGGCGAAGGCACUUCAGUCCACAUUCAACAUGAAGCUC